CUUCCAAAUCCAAUUUCGUUUUGAAGCGAUUCGAACUCAAAAAGCCCUACACCAUCAUUCCCGGCCGCGCCACACCGCUGAAUCUUCAUUCCUCUUUUACUCUCACUCUCUGCGCCGGAGUUCGCCUGAUUCCGGCCGCCAUGAAAGACUCCGAUGACGGAGAAGAGCUUCACUCCGACUCUAACAAGCGCAAGCUCGAACAGAAUAUUCAAUUGGCUAAGCUAAAAGCUCAGGAAAUCGUUGCUAAGAUAGUGAGCGAUGCCGAGUCCAAACGCCCUCGUUUUGACUAUGAAUCACCCGCUACCGCCCCCGCGCCACAAAACCCUCCAUUACCCUCCUCUUCAUUUCCUGUUUCUUCUGGUACUCAAACAGGUCCAUAUCGUGGGUUUCAAACCACGAGUAAGAAAAUAAAUAUUCCAACUAUGAAGGUUGGAUUGAUUAUCGGGAAAGGUGGAGAAACAAUCAAAUACCUACAACUUCAAUCAGGGGCUAAAAUCCAGAUCACUAGAGAUUUCGAAGCUGAUCCUCAGUCUUUGACGAGAGACGUUGAAUUAAUGGGCACUUCAGAACAAGUUAGCAGGGCAGAACAACUUAUUAAUGAAGCAAUUGCGGAGGCAGAUUCAGGGGGUUCUGCCUCAACUGCAAAUCAGGCAAUGAACUCAAGUCAACCUGGAGUCGAGCAGUUUGUAAUGAAGAUUCCUAAUAAUAAGGUUGCACUUGUCAUUGGAAAGGGAGGUGAAACUAUAAAGAGUAUACAGAGCAAGUCAGUUGCACGCGUUCAGAUUAUCCCUUUGCACCUUCCUCCAGGAGAUACUUCGAUUGAGAGAACUGUUUAUAUUAAUGGUCUGAAGGAGCAGAUCGAGUCAGCCAAAGAAAUGAUUAACGAAGUAAUAAAUGGGAAACGUCUGGUAAAUGCCUCUGAAACUACUAGCUAUGCACAACCAACGUACCCCCCUCCUAACAAUUGGUCUCAAGCUGGACAACCUCCAUUGCAGCAACCCCAAUAUGGAUAUGCACCCGGAACCUAUCCACCGCCUCCAGGGGCUCCGUAUUAUAGUAAUUAUCCAACUCAAGUAGGAAGCUGGGAUCAGGCAAACCAAUCAACCAUUCAGCCAUCCGAACAAAGUACAGGAUAUGAUUACUAUGGCCAACAGUCUCAUUUCGGGUCAGCUCCUCCGUAUCAUAGCUAUGCCUACGGUCAAUCAGCCUCAACUGGCACUCAUGGUUAUGAUCAGAGCUACUCCCAACAGGCACCGAGUUAUGGGCAAAAUUUCUCCGGCCAGUUUCAUCCAGACGAUCGGCAAAGCAUGUACCUUAACUCAGGGGGUGCACCACCUUCUGUGCCAUCAACAAAUGGAACCUCUGAGGGUACAUAUCCGGGUGCAGCAUACCAAGUUUCCAAUGGCCAACCAAUGGCAAACCCUCUGUCUGGGUACUGGACUUACCCAAGCGACACGACCCAACUGCUUCCUCAGGCUGGAAAUGACCCUUCCGAGUCUUAUCCACCUCAGCCCAUGUAUGAACAGAGUGAGUACCCUCCACCACCGGGCGUGUAUUCUCAGGAAGUAACACCCUCAGCUCCGGGUCCUACACAGCGCGGAGUUGAACCAUCUCGAGAUGGAAAUUCAAAUGGAGCGCAAAGCUUAUCUCCUGCUGUGCAGGAAACUGCCAAUUCAGAAAGUUGACCAUGGUGUGUAGUUUAUCAGUUCUUCCUUCAUUUUUUACCGAUAUACAAAACAUAUUUUGAUAGCCAUUUUAGGGCCUCUGUAAUGAACUUUACUCAUGAAAUGCCAAGUUACUUUCCUAUUCAUAUUAUUGGAUGCAGAGAUGUAAACAAAGGUUGGACAAGC